CAUGGAGGCGGAGCCGCGGCCGACGACCAGGGCCGGCGACUGGGCGACCCCUGGGCUGGAGGCGGCGCCUCCUGCAGUACCGGCGCCUGCGACUGCCACCUCGGUUCAGAUCCCCGGGUCUGUAUUCGAACCCGAACCCAAGCGGAGGCCGCUCGGGACGCUGCUCCAGCCCACGGUCAACAAGUUCUCCCUUCGUGUGUUCGGCAGCCACAAAGCAGUGGAAAUCGAGCAGGAGCGGGUCAAGUCAGCGGGGGCCUGGAUCAUCCACCCUUACAGCGACUUCCGGUUUUACUGGGACCUGAUCAUGCUCUUGCUGAUGGUGGGGAACCUUAUUGUGCUGCCCGUGGGCAUCACCUUCUUCAAGGAGGAGAACUCCCCACCUUGGAUCGUCUUCAACGUCCUCUCAGACACUUUUUUCCUGCUGGAUCUGGUGCUCAACUUCCGCACAGGCAUCGUGGUCGAGGAAGGCGCUGAGAUCCUGCUCGCACCACAGGCCAUCCGCACACGCUACCUGCGCACCUGGUUCCUGGUUGAUCUCAUCUCCUCGAUCCCUGUGGAUUACAUCUUUCUGGUGGUGGAGCUGGAGCCACGACUGGACGCUGAGGUCUACAAAACAGCGCGGGCCCUACGCAUAGUGCGCUUCACCAAGAUCCUCAGCUUGCUGCGGCUGCUCCGCCUCUCCCGCCUCAUCCGCUACAUACACCAGUGGGAGGAGAUCUUUCACAUGACCUAUGACCUGGCCAGUGCUGUGGUUCGCAUCUUCAACCUCAUCGGGAUGAUGCUGCUGCUAUGUCACUGGGAUGGCUGUCUACAGUUCCUGGUCCCCAUGCUGCAGGACUUUCCUCCCGACUGCUGGGUCUUCAUCAACCACAUGGUGAACCACUCAUGGGGCCGCCAGUAUUCCCACGCCCUGUUCAAGGCCAUGAGCCACAUGCUGUGCAUUGGCUAUGGGCAGCAGGCACCUGUAGGCAUGCCUGACAUCUGGCUCACCAUGUUCAGCAUGAUUGUGGGUGCCACCUGCUAUGCCAUGUUCAUUGGCCACGCCACCGCCCUCAUCCAGUCCCUGGACUCCUCCCGGCGUCAGUACCAAGAGAAGUACAAGCAGGUGGAGCAGUAUAUGUCCUUCCACAAGCUGCCGGCUGACACCCGGCAGCGCAUCCAUGAGUACUAUGAGCACCGCUACCAGGGCAAGAUGUUUGAUGAGGAGAACAUCCUAGGCGAGCUGAGCGAGCCACUUCAGGAGGAGAUCAUUAACUUCACCUGCAGGGGCCUGGUGGCCCACAUGCCGCUGUUCGCCCAUGCUGACCCCAGUUUCGUCACGGCGGUGCUUACCAAGCUGCGCUUUGAGGUCUUCCAGCCGGGGGACCUUGUUGUGCGUGAGGGCUCUGUGGGCAGGAAGAUGUACUUCAUCCAGCACGGGCUGCUCAGUGUGCUGGCACGUGGCACCCAGGACACCCGCCUCACUGAUGGAUCCUACUUUGGGGAGAUCUGUCUGCUGACUCGGGGCCGGCGUACAGCCAGUGUGCGGGCCGACACCUACUGCCGCCUCUACUCACUCAGCGUGGACCAUUUCAAUGCUGUACUUGAGGAGUUCCCCAUGAUGCGCCGGGCCUUCGAGACUGUGGCCAAGGAUCGGCUGUGCCGCAUUGGUAAGAAGAAUUCUGUGCCGCAGUGGAAACGCUCUGAGCCAAGUCUAGGCAGCAGUGGGAGCAUCACGGAGCAGCACUUGGUGCAACAUGACAGGAACAUGGCUCGGGGUGUUCAAGGUCUGGCCCUGGGCACAGGAGCUCGGCUCAGUGGGAAACCAGUGCUGUGGGAGCCACUGGUGCAUGCGCCUCUGCAGGCAGCCACUGUGACCUCCAGUGUGGCCAUUGCCCUGACUCACCAGCGGGAGCCCCUACCCCUCUCACCCAACCCUCCAGCCACUCUCCUGGCUUGCUCAUCAGGCUCUCCAGCCUCUCCGCUGCAGGUGCCUGUCCGAGCUGGCCCUCUGCUGGCCCGGGGACCAUGGGCAUCCACCUCCCGCCUGCCUGCCCCACCCGCCCGAACACUCCACGCCAGUCUAUCCCAAGCUGGGCGCUCCCAGGUGUCCCUGCUGGGCCUCCCCUCAGGAGGAGGUGGACAUCGACUAGGACCUUGGGGCCGUCCACUCUCAGCAUCCCAACCCUCUCUUCCUCAGCGGGCAGCAAGUGAUGGCUCUCCUGGGUGUAAGGGCUCAGGAAGUGAACGCCUGGCUUCCUCAGGGCCCCUGGCCAAGCCUCUAGGGGCAGCCCUGCUCCUCAGGCCACCAGUGCCUGAGCCAGCCUCCCUUAGGGGCCCCCAGCUCUCUGCCAACAUGUGAAACCUUU